GAUGCAGAAAGACUUGCACGCAUCCGAGAAAAUCAACGGAGGAGUCGCGCCAAGAAACAGGCGCAUAUCCGCGAGUUGGAGCAGAAACUCGCCUCCCUCCAGGAACAGGCCCGUCAGAAGGAUGUUGAGCAUCGAUUGGCCGUUCAAGGCCUUGAGGCUGAGAAUCGAAGAUUGAGGAGUUUACUGGCGAGUGUGGGCAUCUCCCCUAGCACGGUUGGGGAGUAUCUGAACACAGCAGAUGGCUCGGACUCGAUGCGGAAGAUCGCCAUUCCUAGUCUUCAUCGGUCUGAAGUCAAGACUCAAUCUUGCUGUGGCCAGCAGUCAAGCUCUUCUGAGGAUACUCCUUCUGAUACUGGUGUAGUAUCGAAACUCCAGGGUGUGGGAUCAUGCUCUAGUGUAGAAGGAUCUUCAACCAGAUUUUUAAGCUGCGAAAAGCCACCUCAAGGUACAUCAGUUUGUGGCUGUUCCCCCAAUGAAGACCAAGUAUCAUGGCCGGCCAGUGGCAGUGGGGAUGUCCUCAAUACCACUCUCUGUGCCAUAGCCGACGAGCUCAUUACUCAGUAUAACACGCGCGGCGUCGAGCUAGCCGAGAUUCGACACAAGCUCUGGGCCGGCUUCUCCAAGGGUCUCACUACGGAAGAGGGAUGCAGAGUGCAGAAUCAGAUUCUGUUUCAGGUCCUCGAUGAAAUCAGCAACAACUAG